AUGACCACCGGCCGGCGAAAGAGCACAGGGCCCAGAGUGAACGUCAACGUCCAUCAUGGAGAGAAUAUUUUUGUAAUCUACACAGCUUUGCCCAUCAAAUAUGAGGAACUUGAAAAUUCCAUCCGGCAUGCCUGCGGAUUCCGGCAAAAGGAGGAAAUUGCUCUUCGCAUUGUGGAUUCUGAUGGUAUGUUGGUUUUGAAUUGGCUUAUUGUGAUGUUUAGGUGAUCCCGUGACGAUUGAGAAUCAACAUGAUCUGAAUGAAGUCAUGUUUUUCACCAAAACGCCGGAUGUUGUUGUUCAUGUUGGUCAGGUGGGCACAAAUUCGGAUACAAGCAGUGGAGAUAAUGGUAAAUGAGGGAGAGAGUUUUUAUAUUGGUUAUGAUACUAUUAUGCAUCUUUUUGAGUCGUUUUGAUCUUGUUUUAAGUCUGUUUUGGACAUCAGGUUCAUCUAAAUCAAGGUAAAAUUGAGAAUUAAAAAUUUCCAUGCCGUUUUGAAAGAAGACAAUCCUCGUUUUGGUUCUAUAUUUCGAAAUGUACUGACGAAAUUUUUACAGUCCCAGUCCACCGGCGCGGUGCUCGUCGUCAAAACAAAGUCUACACAAUAUGUGGCCAUCGGUUCGAAGUAAAGCGGCCCGAGAAACGCAUGGAUUGUGAAAUAUGCGGUGAUGUAAUUUGGGGUCUGGGCCGAGGAGGUCUCAAAUGCAUGGAUUGUACCGCAUAUGUCCAUAAAAAAUGUCACAAAUACCUGUGCAAGCCCUGCGACGGGAUGAAUAAGGACAUUUUGAAGAUGAAACAUGACUGGGACUUGAAUUUUGAUCGACUUCAGAUUGAGGUAAGGGCUUUGAAAGGAUGAUUUUUGAUUUGAAUGGGAUUUGAGGCGAUUUGAACUGGUUGCGGGCGAUUUUUGGGUGAAAAUGUGGGAUUUUAUACCUAAAAUAAGGUAAUUUUGAAAUUUCUUGGUGGUUUUUAAAGUUUUUGUUUUGAAAUUUGUCUUAAAUUGUUGCAUUUGGUGUAAAAUACGAUUUUAAUUGUUUUUCCAUCAAAUUAUUAUUAUUUUUGCUAUCAAAUUUAUGUUGCACUUGACAUCAACUACUAAAAAAUUUUUUCAGAGAUUGGAACCAACAAAACAAAGAAAUCCCCUGGAUGAUUAUGACCUUCUCAAAGUCCUGGGUCGAGGAUCAUAUGCCAAAGUUUUCCAAGCUCAGCAUCGAAGAACCAAGGAGAUUGUGGCCUUGAAAACCAUUAACAAAACCAUGUUUCUGGAGGAAGAUGAGGACUUGGAUUGGCUUCAAACAGAGAAGUCGGUGUUUGAGACGGCCUCAAAUCACCCAUUCUUGGUUGGAUUACACUCCUGCUUUCAGGUAAUUGGGUGUUUUGGGGGAAAAAGUCAUUUUUUGUCAUGGAGAAGAUAAAUUUUGAAGGAUUUUUAAUGAAAAGGAGUGAAGUUGUAGAUUGCUUUUUUAUGACAUUUUCUGGGAUUUUGGAUAGUAAUUUGCUUUGAAUUUUGGGAUUUGAAGUGCUUUUUAUAUUAUUUUAGACAUUAAAACUUUUUUGAAUUAAAAAAUUUUUUUUUAUUUUAUUGGCUCUAUAUUGUCAUAAAUGAACGAAAAUCCAAUUUCAGACGGAAUCCCAUCUUUUCUUUGUCAUUGAAUUUGUCUCCGGCGGAGAUUUGAUGUUCCACAUGCAGCAGCAAAGAAGGCUCUCUGAAGACCACACCCGCUUCUAUUCCGCCGAAAUUAUUUUGGCAUUACACUUUCUACACUCGAGGAAUAUCAUAUACAGAGAUUUGAAGUUGGACAAUGUACUUUUGGACCAUCAGGGACAUGUGAAAUUGACCGACUUUGGCAUGUGCAAGGUAAAUUUUGGGUGAAAAAGAAUUUAAUAUGACUUGAAAAGAGAGGAAAUUCUGUGUAAAGGGGAAAAUAGUGGUUGGAAAUGUGUUUCUUUCUGUUUAGAAUUUAGAUUUUGGAAAAAUUUUGAGUUUUUUCUUUGAUUCUGAUGGUCUUUGUCUUUUUUUGAGGAAAUGGAACGAUUUUUGUUGAUUAUUUGAUGACCGAUAGAUUCUAGUGGACUUUCAAGAGCUUUGGUUGUCGAAUUUUGAAGGUAGAAAUAGUUUUUGAUUGAUUUUUUUAUAAAAAAUGUAAAAUUAAAAAAUUUUUUUUGACAAAAUUGUGGCUUUUAGUGUUGAAAAGGCCCAAAAAUAAAAUGAAAUGCGAUUUUACACUAAAAUAUAGUUUUUGACUUCACGAAUUGGUUUAAUUUUGCCCAUUUUCAGGAGAAAGUUUCCCCCACCGAGCUGACAAAAACCAAGUGCGGAACCCCGAAUUAUAUGGCGCCGGAGAUCCACCUCGGCAUGGGAUACAACUUUGCGGUGGACUACUGGUCUCUGGGCAUCAUGAUCUUCGAAAUGCUGGCCGGACGCUCGCCCUUUCAACUUCAGGGAUACGAUGAUCCGGAGGCGGAAGAAGAGGAACUCGAACGGCGAGUCCUAAACGAACAGAUUCGAAUGCCGAGGAGCUUCUCGGUCCGCGCCUGUCUUUUGCUCAAAGGAUUUUUGAACAAGGAUCCGAAACAGAGGCUGGGAUCUAGAAGCGAAGUGAAUGAAGGACUUCAGGACAUCAAAAGAGCCAAGUUUUAUAAAGAUUUGGUCGAUUGGAGUGCGGUAAGGAGUUGGAAAGAUAUUUUUAAGGGAUGUUAGAGAGCUGAGAGGCCUUUGAGAAGAAAGAAAUAUUAAAAAUAGGGUUGAAAAUGAAAAUUUUGACCUUGUUUUAGGUAUAAGAUCAAAAUUUCCAAUAUUUUUUUAAGGCUGAAUUAGUCAUGAAAUGGAGGGUAUAGUGAAUUUAUAAAGUCUGUUAUUUAGAGUGAGGUUCAUUUUGUUGCUUUUGACACUGUUUUAUUGAACUACAGCAAAAAAAUUGAGUUUCAGCCAAUUUUUGGCCUUGAACUUUUUUGUCUAUUUUGACAGAAUUUUAAAUGAUUUUCGUUAUUUUAAAGCUCUAUCUUGCUAUGAAAUUUUCUUUAUUUUGAGAAUAGAGUGUUUAUUUUUUAAUGACAAUUGAUUUUCAGCUCGAAAAACGCAAAAUAAAACCCCCGUUCCGGCCCGAAAUCAACGGCGACUUUGAUUACUCCAGAUUUGAUGAGAAUUUCACCAAAGAAAAGCCAACUCUAACCCCAGUGAGCUCCAAGAGACUCAAUCUCAUUGAUCAAACGGAGUUUGAGGGCUUUGAAUACAUCAAUCCACUGCAAUUGAGCCGCGAAGACGUCGUAUAA